UUUUAUUCCUGCGUGAAGCCGGAAUAAUGGUGGUUCAGAUCCCUUUGCCGGGGAACUUGAAAUGGUCCUGGAGGGUUGUUCCAGGGUGUGUGUGCCUGUGCGUGUGUAAGUAAAUUGCUUCCAGGCCUUGGAAUCCGGUCAAGUUCAACUGCUUUGGGAGUGUCCCUCUCAGGGGUUUAGGCUCAGAGCGGUCAGUCUGGUCAACAAGAAUAGGGACGAAUGGUCUACGCAGUGGGGGAGGGUAACUUGUGCUGUCCCCCCGGCCCCCAGGGAAAGGCUGAUGCUGAGUGUAGCUCAAACAGACAUGCAGAAGACACUCAUUCACAACAGGCAGGGCCAGUGCUUCACAGUUUAUGCGGCCCUUUACGUUUCUCUUUUAUCCCCCCAGCAGUCUUGUGCGAGACACGCUAUUAUCACUUUCCUUUCACAGCAGAGCAAAGCAGAGGCUUAGGCAGGGUGACUAACUUGGGGGACUGGCAGCCAGAAGGAGAGUGAGCCCUCUGGACUCCAAACCAAUGCCUUCUGCUUUCUGGCAUGAUGGCUCCCGUGGUCAGUGCCUACCAGGGCUUUCCCCUGGGUGCUGCUGCGGGUGGUGACUCCUGCCAGGGGCAGCGGUCCCCAGCGAUUCCCGCUGGCAGGAGACGCUCAUCAGAUGGGCGUGUUCUGGGGUUUUAUCUCCACAGUCUAGGAACCGAGUCAGGGAUGUCUCCGCAGCUGAUUCCGUGGAGAAAAGGGGAGCCGAGAUCCAUCCAUCAUUGGAAGGUGCUGGCUGGGUUACCCUGGCUUGGUACAAGCUUCUGGAAGAUACGGGGCCCUUCAGGUCCCUGGAAGGAAGAGGAGGAGGAGGCUUCUGCUGCUGUCUUCUCUCUCUUCUUGGGUUUCUACAGACGUGUGGCUGCUGCAGAACUUCCCCUCGAACCAGGCGAGAGAGCUCCCAUCCAGGCCCUGUGCUUGGGAAGGUCCUGCGACGCUUCUCAGCCAGCCUCGUGCGUCAGCAGGGCCAGGAGUCUGUGGGGCUAAUAGGAUGUGCCUCGUCGGAGCCUGUGCCCACUAGCAUGGCCAUAAUCCGGAUAGACUCGCCUCUCAAAGAUGCUGAUUCCAUCCUGAGAAGCAGGACCACUUCACACAAGAAAGGGCCAUCUCCAAGGUUACAAGGCUGCUUCCCCCCCGGCGGGCCCACCGGCCUUUUCUCACAGACGGCAGGAGUCUCCAACCUCAGCUUCAGGAGAAUAUGAAAGUGUUACUCAGGCUUGUUUGUCUCAUAGCUGUACUGAUUCCUUCUCUGGAAGCCGACAUAUGUGAGGAACGUGCAGAACGAAUAAUUUUAGUUUCAUCUGCAUAUGAAAUUGAUGUUCAUUCAUGUCUUCUUAACCCAAAUGAAAGGAAAGGCACUAUAAUUUGGUAUAAAAAUGACGGCAAGACUCCUGUAUCUAUGGAAGUAGACUCCAGGAUUCACCAGCACGAAGAUAAACUUUGGUUUGUUCCUGCCAAGUUGGAGGAUUCAGGACAUUACUAUUGCGCCGUAAGGAAUUCAACUUACUGCCUCAAAGUUAAAAUCACUAUUAAGUUUGUACAGCAUGAACCUAACUUAUGUUACAACACAGAAGCUAUAUUUACACAGAAACUACCUGUUGCUGCAGAUGGACAACUUGUGUGUCCUUAUAUGGAGUUUUUUAAAGAUGAAAAAAAUGGCUUACCCGAAAUACAGUGGCAUAAGGAUUGCAAACCUCUACUUCUUGACAAUAUAAACUUUACUGGAGUGACGGAUAGACUCAUCAUAGCAAACGUGACUGCAGCGCAUGAGGGGAAAUAUACUUGUGGAACAUUCUACACGUACUUGGGAAAGCGAUAUCGUAUUACCCGGGUGAUAGAACUGAUAACUAUAGAAGAAUACAAGCCUGUGAGGCCCGUAAUUGUGAGUCCAGCUAAUGAGACAAUGGAAGCAGGUCUGGGAUCCAAGCUACAGUUGAUCUGCAAUGUCAGCGGCCACAUUAGUGACUAUGUCUACUGGAAGUGGAAUGGGUCAUUGAUUGACGAAGAGGACUCAGUGCUGGCAGAGGACUAUGUACCGGUGGAAAAUCCUCCAAAAAGAAGAAAGAAUACAAUCAUCACCAUUCUUAAUAUUUCAGAAGUGGAAAGUAGAUUUUAUCUACAUCCAUUUACCUGUGUAGCCAAGAAUACAGAGGGUUUAAAUUCAGCAUAUAUCCAAUUAAUACAUCCAGUGCCUGAUUUCAGGAAGCACACAAUUGGUGUAUUUGUCAUGUUAACAGUGAUAAUUACAUGCUCUGUUUUCAUCUACAAAAUCUUCAAGGUCGACAUUGUGCUUUGGUACAGGGAUUCUUGCUAUGUUCUCCCCCCAAAAGCUUCAGAUGGAAAGACCUAUGAUGCAUACAUACUGUAUCCAAAGACCCCUGGGGAAGGGUCCACCUCUCACUCAGAUAUUUUUGUGUUUAAAGUCUUGCCUGAGGUCUUGGAAGAACAGUGUGGAUAUAAACUGUUCAUUUAUGGAAGGGAUGCCUAUGUUGGGGAAGACAUUGUUGAGGUCACUAAUGAAAACAUAAGGAAAAGCAGAAGACUGAUUAUCAUUUUGGUCCCGGAAGCAUCAGGAUUGGGCUGCCUGGGGAAUUCUUCUGAAGAGCAGAUAGCGAUGUACAAUGCUUUCGUUCAGGAUGGAAUUAAAGUUGUCCUGCUUGAAUUGGAGAAAAUCCAAGACUAUGAGAAAAUGCCAGAAACCAUUAAAUUCAUUAAGCAGAAACACGGGGCCAUACGCUGGUCCGGGGACUUUAGGGAGGGAUCGCAGUCUGCAAAGACAAGGUUCUGGAAGAAUGUCAGAUACCACAUGCCAGUCCAGCGGCAGCCACCUUCAUCCAAACCCCAGUUUCUGUCCUUGGCCACAAGGCCAGACUCGAAGAAAACGCUGCAGAGGGAGGUGCAGGUGCCCCUUGGGUAGCAGGGAGAAGUGUGGCCCAGAGUUCCUUGGGUGACUUGUGUCUUGUGGCAUUGCAGGCUGGGCUGUGCGCCCACUGACUCUACAGUCAUAAAAUGCACCUGUAGCAUCCCUUAUCCCUGAGGUCAUCUGGAAUCGGAUUGUUAAGGGAGCAGAAUGCGGUGACGAUAGCAGGUCAGCGCAAUUCAGAACCGAGGGCUUGGAAACCCUUUUAGAAGGCAACAAUGCCCUGUCGGAAAUGUGUGAACUGCUGAGAACAGGCACUGGGACCACAAAUGAGAGGGAAGAACAAGCAGGAAAUAUUUAGCAUCUAUAAACGGUUUUAUGAAGUUGUCUACAGUCCAAAGGUGGGGCUGUGGCCCAGCCCGGGGACUGCCCGGUCCCUGGCCCCCCCACUGGCUUCCUUUGGCAGUGCUGCCGGCAAAGUGAGACUGGUAUUUCACAGAGUGGGGUAGAAGUAUUCUUGGAGAAAUUUCCAUUUGCUUCGCACUUUCCGCAGACAUCGACAGACAGCUGUCCGUUUCCAAAGACCGAAUUUCAUUUCACAGCUCUUUAAAUUUCGGUGAAAAAAGGGAUUCUUCAGGAUUGCACGUUUUUGGAAAAAACUUAGCUUUCUGCUGGAGAGAGAGAAUUUCAGAAACAGGAGUAGCAGAGCCCUGAUCCAGCUCUGCAUGCUUCCCCCCUGCCUGGAACGACCGUUCUGUCCUACCUUCCUCUUCUGGGUUCCACUUGACUCAUGGCUUCUUUGGAAGGACAACUUCCAGGUCACUUCCUGCCUGCUCUCUGUCACACACCUGGCCGGCGGAUUAGCUGUCCUUCAUGAAGUGCUGCUCUAAGCUCCCCCUGCUCUUAUUGCGGGGCUCCUCCUGGUUGGGGAGCCAAAGCCCGAUUCCCCCAGUCUGUCCGCACAGCCAUUCGCCUCACUGUCCUGCUCUGUGAAUUCCCAGUCAGCCUCGGGUACCCUCACGCCCACCCCUAGUACUCCCUCUUCUCUGCUUCUCCUUCCUGCCUCCUCUGACCAGAAUGCCUUCUCGAAUUUUCUCCAGUUUUAUGAAAUUCGAAAUUUACUCCAACUCUGUUUCUCUAAGAGAUUUCCCCCAGAAGCUGCCCUGACGUACCCGCUCUCCCCUCUCAGUCUGACAGCACUGACUCUGUUGGCUGUCCCUUUGCGAGAAGGCCGUUCUGCCGGGGAGGCUGUGGGUGUGUCUCUCCUUGUCUGGGUGCCUUCACGAGUAAUUUGCCCACCUGAGGUAGGUUUGGGUAGGGCUUUCUUGUUGAAAAAGGUCCACAGAUUAUCAUAUUUCAGUUUUGCAAUCAUCCUAAUGUUAUAGAGAAAGCAAGUGACCUAUUUUUAAAAAUGAUGUUCUUAGUGCUGUCAGACCUAGGGCUCACAACAGUGUUGCUGGCUCCGAGUGUAGUGUCUUGAACACUUGACUUCAGGUCAGUAAAUGUCCCCUUCAGCCCUACCCCCGGCACUUUUGUGAGAAGAAAUGCUUGUUUUCUAGGAUGGUGGCUGAGUCCAGGAAGGCUUUCAUUUAAGAAACCAAAUUCUAAACUUCUGAGUGUUGGAAUUCACAAAAACUAUGGUUAGGUUUGUGAAAAAUAUUUCUGCUUUCAUAUAUUCUUUCCCGAAGGGUAAAUAUUUCUUAAUGAAUUAGAAAUGAAAGCAAAUUGGUUUUUUGGUACAGGAAACUAUUUUUUAAAACUUGAUGAUAGUCCCUAGAGAAACCCUGAAAACUGCAAAGCCAAGUUCACGUGCCACUUGCCCCAUUUUAAACGUCGAUGAACAUGGACAGGCCCUCUGUUUUUUAUAUUUUAAAUGUAUAAUGUUAUGGGUGAACACUGACCUAUAUAGUGUAUUCCCUUCCCCCACAGUGAUCAGAGCUAGACAAGAAAGUCAAAUGCUCUGCCUCUUCUCUUUCCACCUGCUUUCUCUUGGAUCAGAUCCGGCAGCGUUGAGUAAAAGCACUGUUUUGGAACUGCUGUUUUUUUUUUUUUUUUUUCUAGAAAGUGCCUAAUUUUUGUCAGCGCACAUGGGGCUAGGGUGUGAGGCUGUCAUGGCCAAAAGGCCUAUCAGAUGUUUAACACCUAUGUUGUGGAUGAUUUUAAUCUGUCAUCCAUAAAACACACUUGCGUGUGCAGUGCCAAGAAAGCGAAUUCCAAAACUUCGACUUAGCAGCAAAGUUGGCCAGAAAGUAAGGAGCGGGGAGAACAACCAAGAAUUACCAGUGGCAUUGCACCUGAAAUUUAGGGAGGGACAAGAAUCAAGGGAUUUGCCUAGGACCAGGAGAAUCCCCAACAGGAAAGUUCAUGUCACCGUGUCACUCCCAGUUCCCAGGGGAGGAUUCCGGAGGAAGGAGCUACACUCCUAGUUCUCUGGGAACUUCCUUUGUUUUAUUGUUUUCCCUGAAAACCUCUUUUAAGCUCUUCCUUUCAAGCCUUCCCCAUUAAUUAGAUUGUACUGCAUUAUCUGAUGGUGGUAUUUUUUUGUCAGCCUAAAUGUUUGAAGGAAAGUUUGCCAACAAAGCCUUUGGCUUCCAGUGGUGAAAACUGGCUUAGCAGAAUUUGUAUUUUCCUUCUCCCACCCCUCUUUGUGUAUUUGUGAUAAAAGAAAAGGUAUUGAGCCAUUUUUUCCAGUGGUAUUUUUGAUAAAUUAUAUUUUUACUGGUUAAUAAUGAAGGGUUUUUAGAAACUUGUUUGUACAAUUGUGAGCAGAUACCAAGUAUUUUUAUAUAAUAAAACAUCAGUCCAUGUACAGCAUGUAUCACUGAUCGAUGGACUGAACUUAUUUUCCAAUAAAAUUGGCAAAACCUGG